AUGGUUCCAAAACCCAUUCCAUUCCCGGGCUUCACCCCGAUAUCUGAUCGAGUAUACCUUCGCAAUGGUCACGAGAAGGCCAAACCAGCUCCAGCCGACGAGCCAACAACGAUUAUCAUUUCCGGCUGGGGCGACGGCAUGCCGAAACACGUUACCAAAUAUUCCGACGGCUACCAUGAGCUCUACCCAUCCGCGCGGAUCAUCGUUAUCCUAUCGACUACCUUCCAGGCCACCAACCAACCAGAGGAAGCCAGAAUCCAGGCCAUGAUGCCGGUCGUCGACACCGUCUUCCCUACGCCAACCGGCAGCGGAAACGAAAAGGAGCGCCUUCUCCUGCAUGCCAUGUCAAAUACAGGCGCCAUUUUCACUGCCUCCAUCGUCGUCGCGUAUCAGCGACGCUAUGGAACAGACAAGCCAUUCCCCCACGAGCUCUUAGUGCUGGACUCCACGCCUGGAAGUCUGGACUUCACGUCUCAGGUUACCCGGUGGUCGCGUGCCAUGGCGGUCGGCACGGCCAAGUUCUUCCCUUGGUCCUUCAUUAUCACACAUGGUCUGUGGUAUGCUUUCCUCUGGGCGAAUUUCCUGUGGCAACUCUUGAGCGGUUCCGUGUCUUCGGGCGUUUGGGCGGAUGGAAUCAUAAAUGAUAAGUCUUGCGUCGCGGCCGGUUCUAGCAGGGUUUACCUUUACUCUAAGGAAGAUGAGAUUAUUGGUUACAAGGAUUUGGAGGAGAAUGUCGCCCAUGCCAGGACAUUAGGCUAUUCGGCUGAUCUUGAGAUGUUUGAGGGCUCGCCGCAUGUCGGCCAUAUGAGACUUCAUCCUGAACAAUAUUGGAAUAAAAUUUCCAGCUCAUGGAAGCAGGCCAUUGCGAAAUAA